GAAAAUUCAAAUGUCGGUGUAUUACUGUAUGCUCGCGGGUUUUAACAGAUUUUACUUUACGUUUUUUGCUUGCUUAUUCUCGAAUUUCCCAUAUCGUUCGAAGAAACGCACGUUACGUGCUUUGAUACGUUGUAUGUGUGGCUUAAUUAAUAUUAUUUAAUUGUGGUUGCUUGUGGUGUAUGCGUGUGACAGAAUGGCGAUUAGCGCGUCUUUCCAUCGAAAUGUUUUUUUACUAAACCAAUUAGUCCCACCGAACGAUAGUUUCAAAAAACAUUUUCGUGAGGGAAUGUUUGAUAAACCGAAUACUGCAGGAUUUAUACACGUUACUUAUUAUUUAUUCAUGAUAUGUGAUGCUGAACGUUUUAAAAAACUAGUUGAAUGGCCAGUAGUUUGUAAAAAGACAGAAGCAAAGUAUCGUAAUGAUGUUAAAGACUAUCUGAGUAUCAUGUCGUUAGAGAAUCCUGAUAUAGGAUUCCCUCCUGUACUCACCACAUACUUGCAUCAUGCAAGUGGUACCAAGUUCAUGAUUUUAAUGUGGAAAUUAUCACAACUUACACUAAGGAGAUAUAUUAUGCGUAAUGGUAAUGAUGAAGUUUUAUUCACACCAAGGCCAGGAUCUAUAGAUGAACUCACGAAAACUUACCUGCAACAGUCCAAAGCAAAUAUUAAUCGUAAUAUAGCGAGUCAUCACAGAAGUUGUUUACAAAUAGAAAGGACUGCUAAUUCUGCACUAAUAGAGGAGAAGGAAGAGCUAGCCAAAAUCAAGACAGAACUGUUUGAUAAGAAACAGUCUAUGGCAAAAUAUAUAGCUGAAGCCCCUGUUGCUGCAUUCAUAAAACAACGCCUAGCAGAUGUUGAAGAUUCAGAAGUCAUUCAAAGGUGGAAAAAUAGUUUAAACGAGAGUACACGUUACAUACAAAAACGAAUAGGAAUCUUGAAGGACCUAGAAAAAAAGUGUGAAGACAUAAGUGGUAUAAUAUCAAAUUUGCUAAACAAUGCAAAAGCAUUGGAUGGCAAGCAGUUGGAGGAAAUUAAUUAUUCGUCGAUAUCAGAACUGCCAUUUCCACCUGUUGUUCAGUGUUGCCUUUAUAAGUUGUACGAUGGCAACAAAUUGAUAUUCAACAACUUUAUGUCCCUGUUCACUUUGAUACUGUGUCAAGUAUAUCAAUCUCUGAGGAAAGGCUACUUGGUAGACUUAUCGCAAUGUCUCUUGCAAGCGGAAGCAAGUACAGAAGACAUGAAAGCCAUGUACAAUAUAUUCAAAACUUUGCUAACUAGUAUAAUAGAUUAUACGGAGAAAACAGCGGAUGUUUUAUGUGAAAAAAAUACGACACGCAUAACUGGGGAAACCGCAUUGCUGCUCGUGAAGAGUGUGCUUCUUAUGCCGUCGCCUCUUAUUAAAAUUAAUACCAAUUGCGCAGACGAGAAAAACGAUUUGCAUACAUUAUUGCAGUUUACUCCGGGAGAAACUGCACAUAAAUCACUGUUCUCAAGAUACACACGACAAAAAGAGCAUCACACUCCAGAUUUAAGGACGAAUUUAUUCGUAUCGCGCAUCGACAUCAAUGAUAAAAUGUUAAUAGGUAAUAACGAAAAGCAUAAUUUGAGUAUGCGUAUUGGGAUGUCCAGCGUAAACAGACUGCACAAAAAGACAACCGGGUCAUAUUCUCGACUCUUCUCCGCGCGUACAAAUAAAAAUGCAAAAGCCAACAAUAGCAUGGUGUUUCUAUCGUCUACCGUGCAAGCAAAUUCUCCCACCAUCGGAAACACAACAGGGAGAGAGUUUAAUGUGCGGAAUCAUAAUUUGGACAUUACGGCGAAGAGUUUGUUCAAUUUGAGCGAAGAGCCUCUCACCGUACAGUACACUCCAAUAAAACAAAACGCAUUGCAAGAUACAAUCGAAGAAGACGUAUUCAAUCACGAGUUCAAAAUAACCAAACCCGAGCUGAACGAAUUAACGGAAAUAAGGUUUGUCAAUGAUGACAACGGCACAGUUGUAAAGCAAGAAAAUACAUCGAGAAGGCGUUCCAUUAGUGACCUGGUCGAACGCUACAAAAAAGUGCUGGAGAUCAGUAACUGUACUGCAAUGAAGUUUCAAGAAGAGUGCUUGAAGUAUGAAACGGAAUAACGAGGAGAUAAGAAAUGAAGGUAUUGCGACAAUACGAAAGUGAAUAAGUUUCUCGUAUCAAUAAAUCUUCUGCGAUAACGAUCGAAACAAAAUUCACAAAUUAUGUUCAUUGAUGGGAAAAAUUAAAAAUAGUGCAAGGUUAUUUAGUUGAGAGUUCGUUGUUUAUUAGUUAUUCAUUAAAAUUCACGAAUAACAAAGGCGAAGAUUUUAACAUUUUUUGGCAUACAAUAUUUCAUAUAAAUAAAUAAUCCAGUGCAUUUGCGUGAAAAUAAAUGAUAUUAUGCCUUGUGUUUGUUUCUACAGAUAGUUUGCAUAGUUUUAGAAUAAGAAGCUAACUAUUAACAGUGUCCUUAAGGUCUGCAACAGACUCGAAAAUUGCGUGAAGAAAAAUCAAAUAUUGGGCAUAUCGUAGAUGUAAUCCUUCGAAGCAGAAUCAACUAAACACGAGCUAAUAUUAACAUCUGUUUCAAGUGGUAGAAUUUACUGUAUAUUUUUUUAUAACAUAUGUUAUAUACAGAAUGAAUCAUAUGAAGCGAUACAUGUAAUUAUUUGCAUUAUUUUUUUCGUCUUUGCAAAUUACAUUGGUCACUUUGUAUAAUCACCCUGUAUAUAUGUAUAUUUAUAAACUGUUAUAGAUACUAAAAAUUAUAUCGUGUUAUAAACUAAUAUCAUAUUGUUACAAGAUAAUUUCGCCGUAUAAAAUCUUGAAAAAGUCUUGUACAUAAAUGUACUUUUAUCAUUUUAUCGAGUAUAUCAUAUUCUUUAUCUGAUUUUGUAAGUCGGCGCAAUCUAGAUAAGGAAUGGCAUUUUCAUUCUUAUUUGUACGUUUAAAAACCUUUUUCCUGAUUUCGCUUAUUGCUUGUUUCUACGCUAAAUGUACAAACAGUAUUUGUAGAGAUUCUUGAUAUGUAUCUAAAAAGAUAAAAAUUAAAUUUUUUUUUUAUUACACUAGUACUAUGAAAAAAUAAUUGCUCAUCUUAAUAUUUCAUCAAAUAACAAUUCUUUAAAUUUGUGUAAUAAUAUAACGUUUUAUUUGUUCAAGUAUUACGUUAUUUGACCAUUAUUUUACGUAAGUGUACCAACCAGUACUUUACGUAACUGUAGCGAUACACCUUAAGUUUUUGAACAAACUUAGUAUUUGCAACGACCGAUAGGAAUCUAUACAUUAAAAAACUGAGACUGGAUUCAUCAGCUGCUUACAUAUCCGAUAUCGAUCUCUCAAUAAUGUAAAAAGGCACAAUGUGGCAUAUAUAUUUUUCAUAUACAUACAUUGAUGAGAAAAUGUAUCUAAUUACACUUGCUAAUGAAUUUGAUCGAUGUAAUCAUAUAUUAGCAAUUACAAACUUCUGUUGAUAACCACAAUGCUCUAACGAUCCAUUAAUGAUAUUUGAGAAGAAACAUUAGUACCUCCUUACAACUCCGCGAUUGUCUGUACAUACUUAACAUUUUCUCGUUUGGUUUCUGUUAGUAAAUUGCAGUAUCUGUCAAUAAUAAAAGUUGCAGAAGUUCAUAAUGCAAAUCAGACGAAUCUAGCGAUGAACACGCUGUGAUGUUAGGCACAAAUCAUAUCUCAUAAUUUUUAUAGUUAUCGUUCUUCAGUUCUUUUCACAUAUCAUUUUGUAGUAUUUCUAAAGAUUCUCCUCCUUUUAAAGAAACUCCUGCAAACUUUUCCAUUCUCGAUGGUACAUUACGGGGUCUCAUAAAAAAAAAAA